AUGGUGUUAGUGCUUCCUGACUUUGUCAACUUCCACGAAGUUCCUACACGGCUGUCCCUCAGAGAUCCUCCCCACCAGUCCCUGCUGGAGGUGCCACUAUUGCCCGAGUUCUUGGCUUCAUCUCAGAAAAUGUAUGGGGCUGACUUGGCUAGCGUGGAUUUUCAACAUAGCUCUGAAAAUGCCAGGAAGGAAAUAAACCAGUGGGUCAAAGGGCAGACAGAAAGGAAAAUUCCAGAACUGUUGGCCUCAGGCGUGGUUGAUAGCAUGACUAAACUUGUGCUGGUGAAUGCCAUCUAUUUCAAAGGAAACUGGGAGGAGCAAUUCUUGAAAGAUGCCACAAUCGAUACACCAUUCAGAUUGAAUAAGAAAGACACAAAAAUAGUGAAAAUGAUGUAUCAGAAGAAUAAAUUUCCGUAUGGCUACAUCAAGGAACUUAAGUGCCGUGUGUUAGAACUGCCUUAUGAGGGCAAGGAGCUCAGUAUGGUUAUUCUGUUUCCAGAUGACAUUGAAGACGAUUCCAUGGGUCUGAAAAAGAUUGAGAAACAACUGACUGUGGAAAAAUUGAAAGAGUGGACCAAACCUGAGAAUCUGGAUGUAGUUGAUGUCAAUGUCUACUUGCCCAAGUUCAGGCUGGAAGAGAGCUACAACCUCAACUCUCCCCUGGCCCGCCUAGGGGUGCAGGAUCUCCUUAAUAGCAAGGCUGAUCUUUCUGGCAUGUCAGGAUCCAGAGAUAUUAUUAUGUCAAAAAUUGUCCACAAGUCCUUUGUGGAAGUGAAGGAAGAGGGCACAGAGGCAGCAGCCGCCACGGCAGGCAUUGCCACCUUCUGUAUGUUGAUGCAGGAGGAAACUUUCCAUGCCGACCGUCCCUUCCUUUUCUAUAUUUGGCAAAAAUACGUAGCUGACAUACUCUUCAUAGGCGAAUUUGCUUCUCCUUAG